UUUUAAAUAUUGGCAGGGCAUUCCGUCUGGUUGGCUGCGCAGCUGCGUUGCAGCAGUGAUAAUUCUGAACACAGCGGUAAGAUUCGAAUCUAGCCCGCGUGAGGGAGGUUGAAGAACAGAACAUUAGCUAUCUUGGAAACACUCAGUCAACUACAGUUGAUAACUUUAGCAAUAUGAGUCAUUGUGAGCUUGAGGAUAUAACCCUGCACUUGAAUGACAGGAUUUCAUCCACAAGACGUGUCUUGGAGCUGCGGACAAUUGCAAAAGAUCAAGACAAGCGUGUCAUUCUAGGGAAGAUAGGACAAGAUAUCCUUGCAAUAGAUGGACUCCUUGACCAGUUUGAGAAAAGUGUUGGCCGCCAAAAAGACCUACUGAAGCAUUUAAAGGAACUAGAGGGAUUCUUUGAGGAGGAUGUGCAGGAUGGAAAGAACCUUAGGGACAACAUGCCCACACACAUGCCCAGGAAGGGACAGCCAGCAGUCCAUGGAAUAGGGUCUGUGGGUCAGAGUGGACCUGUGAAUGUGCAGGCAGUCCAGCAGGUUCACACCAGGAAAACCUCCAAAAACCAGAUCAGAGAGAUGGAAUUCAUCACCAGCCCAGAGUUUGAUACCAUCCCUCAGUACAUGAAAGGCCGUUUGACAUAUGAACAGCUAAACACUGCUGUGGAAAGCAUUAACACAGCCGUAACAGGGAAGUACAAGAUCUUGAACCAGCCAGCAAAAACCCUUAAUAAUGCCACACGCAAGCUUCAUCAGCGAUUUAAGGAGGAAGAGAACAAGGACACGAAAGGUCUGUUUUUCAUUGUAGAGGCUGAUAUUAAAGAGUUCACUAAGAUGAAGGUGGACAAGCGCUUCCAGAGCAUCCUCAGCAUGCUGCGUCACUGCCAGCGUCUGCGAGAACAGCGAGGGGGAGGUAUCACACGCUACGUCCUGCUGUGAAAGGAGCAGAGAUGGAGAAAGGGGGGUUGUCACUGAGCUUGAUCUGAAUAUAUUGAGUUGUCCUCUGUCUCUAGCAUGAUCGGCUAUAACAUCUGUCAUAUUGACCUAGGGAGGGGUGAAAAUACAACAAAUAAUUAUAUUGAGAAUAGUGGUUGUGGCUCAAAACAUAUAUGUACCUAGUGAAGAAUAAUUGUUUGGGGUGGGUGGAGGUUAGUAUUUGAACGUAGUUUCAUUCAUGCAACUUAUUUUUAAAUUCAAAGUGUGUAUUAUUAGCUCAUUUGAAUUGGAUCAUCAAUGUGAUGAUCAGUGUGACUUUGUCCAUAACAACCAUGUUUUAUAUAGGUAGAAAGGCAAUAAAUAUAUUUUUUAAAAUAAUAGUUAAA